AUGGUCAAUUUGCUGAGAGCAGCCAUCGUGAAGGUCUUUUCGACCAAAUAUUCACUUACUAUUCCUUCAGCUGUCAUGCAAUACAUCGAGCAGGUCUUGGUAGAAAAUGAAAUACCGGAAGAUGAAUGGAUCAUAGGACUUGAAUUCUGGGCUAAAGAGUAUCUGAAAGGAGAAGAGUCUUCAUCUCUCGUGUCACUCCCCGCAUUACAGAAGGCAUAUGAAAGUCUACAACUAGGUAAUACAGAUGAUACCGCUCAGGCGGAUCCAUCAGAAAUUAAUGUCGAGUCACACUUCUCAGUGAUAGAUUCCUUCGAUAUGCCGCCAGUACAUUUUGAUCCAGUUAGAGGAGGCUUCACCACAACAAAGUUCAAGCCUUGUUUAGCUGGCCAAGCAUCCAGUAGAUCGGCAUUCCUAAGAGAAAGAUGGGGAAUCAUCAAAGAGAUUAUACUCAGAAACGAAAAUUUCACACCACCGGCAAUAGGAGGACAUGACCGAUCGAAUUACCUCAAGUUGACAUCAACACGUAAUCUACUUGGCAGAGCCGGCCAGUUAUUCUUGCUGUUUGGAAUGCUAUCCAGAGACCCAGAAGGCAGAUUAUGUGUCGAGGACGGUGAAGGAAGAGUAGUGCUGGACAUGGAUGACGCUGUACCGGGAGAAGGUCUGUUCACCGAAGGAUGUAUGGUACUGAUAGAAGGGGAAUAUACGAUAGAUGAGACUAUCAGAGUACUGGCUAUGGGUCAUCCCCCUAGUGAGAAACGAGAUAUAGCGAGAGGUCUGCAUGGACAUGUGGACUUUCUAGGUGGAGGAGCUAUGUCAUUGAAGGAAGAGCAGAAAUACCUUCCGUCAAUACAGGCUAAUACCCAAGUGUCCUUUGUUGUCCUUUCCGAUGUAUGGCUAGAUCAUCCACGUACGAUACCGGCUCUGCGGCGGAUGUUGGAAGGUUACGCCGAAGCUGUAGAAUUCAGACCUAUGGCUUUCGUAUUUUGCGGUAACUUCAGUCAGAAAGGUUGGGAAGGAGAUGGAGGACUCAAGCGAUACACCAAUGGCUUCAACUCUCUCACCGAUCUUCUUCUCGAAUUCCCACUCCUCCACGCAUCACACUUCGUUUUCGUUCCCGGACCAUUAGAUCCGUGGUCUUCGACAACACUACCUCGGCCUGCUAUUCCGUCAGUCUUUGCCUCUCGUUUGACGCAAAGGAUACCGAGAGCAAGAUUCGUCUCCAACCCUUGCAGAUUGCGAUAUUUUGGUAUGGAGCUGGUGAUAUGUAGGGAAGAUUUGAUGGGUAAAAUGGUUAGAAACCUGGUGGGAGUCAAGAAAGAAGGUGAAGCGGAUAUGAAGAGAUAUCUCGUUCAAACGAUUCUCGAUCAAACACACCUUUCGCCUCUUCCAAUAUCAAUCCGGCCGACACUAUGGGAGUAUGAUCACGCUCUUCGUCUUUACCCCAUGCCUUCAGCAGUGGUUUUAGCUGAUAAAUACGAACGAUACGAGUUGACUUAUGAGGGUUGUCACGUUUUCAAUCCUGGUAGAUUCGUGGGGUCAGGUGGUGAAGGUGGAGGAGAAUUUGAAUGGAGCAUGUACUACCCUGCUACAGGAAGAAGCGAGAGGAGGUAA